UUGGCGGAAGUCAGGCUAGACGAGUAAUGGAAGAAUGGAUUGUGAGGGUAGGAAGACCCUGCUGGUGCGGCACCUUCCUGCUGAACUGAGUCCGGAGGAGCGGAGAGAGCUGCUGGAGAAGAGCGGGGCGGAGAGCGUCCGGUUGUGUUACGGGAGAACUCGCGGGAGUUUGAAACAUGGGGCAUUUGCAACCUAUCGAAAUGAAUAUGCCGCUGCAAAGGCUCUUUCAGUGCUUCACCAGCUCCAAGUGCUCGGCCAUACUCUGGUUGUUGAAUAUGCAAAGGAGGAUCAUGUCCACCUACCUGACCAACCUGCCUGUUCUGAGAAGAAAAAAAGCUCUGGAGAAAAAGCAGAUGAAAAAAAAGAUUCCAAGCCUCCCGACCAGGUCUCCAUUGAGAGAGGAAUCGCACCAAAUCACGGACUUGUCUUUCCAAUACGAUCCAGUCUCAAGUACUUAUACCCUCCUCCAACAAGCACUGUAUUGGCUAACAUUGCAAAUGCCUUGGCUAGUGUACCCAAAUUCUAUGUGCAGGUUUUACACUUAAUGAAUAAAAUGAAUUUGCCAGCCCCUUUUGGACCGCUUACUGCACAGCCUCCCUUGCAUGCAGACUAUUUGGCUAUGCCAUCCCCAUACCCUCCCGUCCCACCGGACCUCCCUGAGAACCCUCCAUUGCCAGAGUUGGAUGAUGAUUAUGAUAUGGAUGUUUCCAGCAGAGAAGAGUCUGAAUAUGAAAGUGGAGAGGAAGAAGAAAAAGAGAGGACGGCUCGUCUUCUUAAAGAGCUGGCGGAUAUGCUGCCCAAGAGACCAAGGAUUAAAAAACAGUCUCGUCCACGGAAAAAGAUGAAGAUAAAAGAUCUAAUAACUGUUCCUGCUGUACAGCACAGCCAUCCACAUGCGCCUUUAUUGCCUUCUGAGGUCUUUGAGCAACCAAGUGUAAUUAGGCAGAAGAAAAUGGAACUUCACAUUCCUGCUGACAUAGCCCCAGCUACAGAUGCCUUUAAUUCAAGUUUGGAAACCAAAAUGGCUCCUGAGGGAAAUGGAGAGAUUAUUGGAUUUGGGAAGAUCUAUCCAGUUAAUGAGCCCAAUGAUGAUGAGGAGGAGAAUGAGGAAGAUGAUGAUGAUUUGCCAAAGGAAUUUAUUUCCAGGAGGGAGCUGGAGAAGGGCAGGCUUUCUAAAGAAGAAACUCGAAAGCUCUCUGUGUUUAAGAACUAUGAGCCCGGGGAGCCAAAUUGUAGACUCUACGUGAAAAACUUAUCCAAACAAGUUACAGAGAAGGAUCUGAAGUUUAUAUUUGGGAAAUUUAUUGACUUUUCAUCUGACACUGAAAAAAUCAUGUUUGACAUUCGUCUGAUGACAGAAGGCCGGAUGAAGGGACAAGCUUUUAUAGGCUUUCCUAAUGAAGAUGUUGCAGCAAAGGCUUUGAAACACACACACGGAUACGUACUUUGUGACAGGCCAAUGGUCAUUCAAUUUGCACGCUCUGCUCGUCCUAAGCCUGCCCCCGACAAGACAAAGACUAAGCGAUAGCAGUCAAGAUGGCCGUGUAACUUCUGUUUGACAUGAAAAAAGUGUAUCCUUUCCUGUUGUAUCCUUUGCGAUUGAUUUCUUUAAACCCCACACAAGCAACAGUGCUGUAAGAUCGAGUGCUGUAAUUAAUGCAUUUUUGUCAUUUUUCUGUUCUGUGUAUUACUUUGUAGGUGGCGAGCAAUCUAAAACCACAUUUUAGUCAUGUAUUGAUUCAUUUCUUUGCAAUAUAAAGUUCCAGCAAAGAAAAAAAAAGUCAAAUGAUAGUCUUCUGGCUGUCCUUAGCCACCACUAGAGGGAGCUUAUGAGCUUACUGUAGUUAAUUAUGCAGUGCACUAAAUAAUGCAGUCAUAUGCACUAAGCACUUAAUCUCCCUCUGGUGGUAGCUCCAAGCAGCCAGGAUUUUAUCUUUUAACAUUGUCUUUGUAGGGGUUUGGAGCUCUGUGUCAGAAUAGGGAGCUCUGACUCUUAUAAGUCUAAUUGACACAGAAUGCUUAACCUUUAAACAAUGUAGCGUUAAAGGGGAUAUCCAAGAUUGAAAAACUGAGUCUGCAUUUAUUUUUGUGUAAACAGCACCAUUCACAUGAAUAGGGAUGACUCGCACUCCCGGGUAUGGGCAAGUGUACUGUUUAGGUAAAUAAAAGCAGAUCCUUACUCUUUCUAAUCAUGGACAACAAAUUGGAAACACACUUUAAGCCUAGUUGGACUGAACUGGUUACUCCACUCUGCUCCUGUUCAAGUGAAUGGGAGCAGUGCUGCCGUAACUAGCUGCGCCCACUGCACAAUGGACGGAGCUGUGGAGUUUCAGGGUCCAAGCUACUCCCAAACAGCUGACUGGCUUGGUGUCUGACCCCUAUCCUUCCUGAUAUUCUUUGUGAAAGGGGUUAGAUGACACUUUUUUUUCUUAAUUUGUGCUCUGCCCAGCUCCCUGGUAUCUUUUUUCAGUGUCUGACAUCUCUUUUAAA